CCACAGUGUGUGUUUUGUGUGUGUGUGUGUGCUGGAGCCACCUGCAUACAACCAACCAAAUGUCACAGCUGAACUCCUCACCGCACUGAGAGCAUCACAUACCAAUUGGUGCGAAGGGAGGUGCACCGCCUCUUAAAAAGAAGGCUCCUUCGAUAAAUACACAACAUUUCCACCGGAUCACUGGGCUCAGAGGGGACAUCCAGCUCUUAGAGAAUACUAUUUGGGAACAAGAUGAAGUACUUAAUUGAGGCUGUUCUCAUUCUCCACUCUGUACUUUUGUCAGUAAGCGGAACUGAAAAGGUGAUCUACGCUCAGGUGGGACAAAGUGUUACUCUUACAGCUCCAGGGGGGAAUCAGGACAAAUACGCCAGAUGGUACUUUGUUGAAGAUGAUAAAAACCACGAACUUGGCUGGAUCAAUACUUUCGGGAGAUAUGGAACUAUUGCAGAUAAAAACUGGACAUUAUCCUUAACUGGCAACUCACUGACCAUCGAACGCAUACAAGAUAAGCAAUUUGGAAAAUUCUUCUGUGAAUUUUCCCAGGGGAUUAUAAAAAAAGACAAAGCCACUUUUAAACUUAUCAAAGUUAAAGUGCUGAAGCCGGACUCUGUCCUUCUGCCCGGUGAGUCUCUGUCUCUGGACUGUGGCGUGGAAACUCCUCGGGAUCGUCCGACACCCGACAUACACUGGCUCAACCCUCAGGGACAGAGCGUGAAAAAUACUGUCAGUAAAACAGUCGAGCAUGAAGACAAUGGCUCGUGGACUUGUGUUGUCGGAAAUGACUACAAAGCGCAAGUUUCUGUUCCCGUUGUGGAUCUCGCUGCUCCUGAACGUGAUUAUACAUCCACAGACUCUCGGCUCACCCUGCCCUGCUCUAUUCCUUCAUACGUCUCCUGGGAGCAGAUCAAACAAAAGGGCGUCCAGGAGAUUCAGUGGCACUUCUCCCCUAAACCGCCGUCAAGUCCCUCUUCUGAUGAGCCACUGAGGCUCAUGUACCUCUCUCCGGAGAGUUCGCUGACCUGGACGACAGACCAAGGCAAAGACCUGAAGCCUGCCUCAGAUGCAACAAAAGGGAGUCUGUCUUUGUACAAAAAUCAGGCGAAAGUGGAAGACCGAGGAGACUACACAUGCUCCAUGACAUUUAGAAAUGGAGUCACUCUGAAAAGGACUGUGCACGUACAAGUGCUGCAAAUCACCCCCUUCCCGGGAGCAGAAAUCAUCUAUGGCCAGAGCGUCAGCCUGUUGUGCAGCACCGGUGAACCCCUGACCUCUGACCUGCAGCUGAAGUGGUUCCCGCCUGAACGGUCGACCGUGCCGACGUCUGACCGCCGCGGCGCAAAUCUCACCAUCAAGGAAGCAGGAAGUGGAGACAGCGGGCAGUGGAGGUGUGAGCUGUGGCGGAGCGACGAGCGCCUGACGUCCGCCGCGCUCAAGCUGAACAUCGAACCGAAACUGAGCAUGUGGAUGCUGGUGAUCAUCUGCAGCGCCGCAAUCAUCCCCGUCCUCCUCUUUAUUCUCACGUUCAUCCUCUGCCGACGCCAUCAACAGAAGAAACAUCCCCGGCAUCGCCUCUGCCAGUGCAGAAACCCCAAGCCUAAAGGAUUUUACAGAACGUAAUGUCUCCGGGAGAGAAGGCUUCAGGAGCGCUCCGCAGCUUGGACUUGUUAAAUUUCCGCCUUUCCGUUUUUCUGAAUUCAGAGCGUAUGCGCUGUUAGCUGUGUGCGAUCUGGGAGUCAGAGAGACGAGGACGGGUGUACAGUACAGUUGUUUCUGAAUCAAAAGAUGUUUUCACUUGUACAUAUCAGACAAAUCUGACUGGUUUUAAUGUAACAAAUCAGAAUUAUGAGCAACACUUUUAAGCAACUUUAUUUCAUUUAUACUAUACCGAGUUCAUCUUUUUGGAGACAAAAUGUCUUGUUAUGUUAAGUCAAUGUUUCUAUAAAGCUUUUCUGU